UCUCUCUCUCUCUCCCUCCCUUUCUCUCUCUGUCUCUGUCUCUAAUCUGCACCUCUUGCAUCAGAUCCAGAAUUCGUGGCUGCAACUGUAACAUUUCUCUAUCCAAAAUGAUUUCCAGCUCUCUGGGCCGUUGAUCAUGGCUCACCACCGGCCCCUCCUUGAUCCUUCCCCUCGAACACCCCCCUCCGAUCCCUCUCCCUUCCCUUUCUCUCACACAACCACCUCCAUAAUGACUACCCCUCCUUCCACGCAAAAUUACGCUUCUGCCCCUCCUACUUCUUCUGCCUCCCUCCCUUACUCCUCCUCCUCCCGCCGUGCCGCUUCCGGCCGAUCAAAGCCACAGUCCGGCCGCGUCACGAUCGGCGGCUCCGACUCCUCCGGCCAUGCAUCAGCCAAUUUGGGGAACUCCGCUUCCGGCUUCUCCAUCGAGAGCCUUGGGCCUGGCGUUGGCCCCGGAAUCUCCUCGUCGACGCGCCGGCGUUACGGCUCGCGGGGCGCCGAGUCCGAUGGCUACGGCUCGUCCCAGCGCGAGAUCAGCGAUGAGGAUGCUCGCCUCGUGUACAUCAAUGAACCUGUGCGGACGAAUGAGAAGUUCGAAUUCGCUGGGAAUUCGAUCAGGACUAGUAAGUACUCUGUUCUCACGUUCAUCCCCCGCAACCUGUUCGAGCAGUUCCACCGCGUCGCCUACAUCUACUUCCUCAUCAUCGCUAUCUUAAAUCAGCUCCCGCAGCUGGCUGUCUUCGGCCGCACAGCUUCGAUCCUGCCGCUGGCCUUCGUCCUACUUGUGACUGCAGUGAAGGAUGCUUAUGAGGACUGGCGGCGGCACCGCUCGGAUAGGAUCGAGAACAACCGGAUGGCAUCCAUCCUGUCGGAUGGUCAGUUCACAGCCAAGCGAUGGAAGGAUAUUCGGGUUGGUGAGAUUCUUAAAAUUGAAGCAGACCAGACUCUCCCCUGUGACAUGGUCUUGCUGUCGACGAGUGACCCCACUGGCGUGGCCUACAUUCAGACGAUCAAUCUCGAUGGCGAGUCGAAUUUGAAGACCCGCUAUGCAAAGCAAGAGACCCUUUCGAGGAUGCCUGAGAAAGAGGGGAUGAACGGUCUGAUACGGUGCGAGCGGCCCAACCGGAACAUAUAUGGGUUCAUGGCUAAUAUGGAUAUCGAGGGGAAGCGGGUCUCCCUGGGACCGUCAAAUAUCGUGCUCCGUGGGUGCGAGCUCAAGAACACCAAGUGGGCGGUGGGUGUAGUGGUGUACGCCGGUAGGGACACUAAGGUGAUGUUGAACAGCUCAGGCGCCCCAUCAAAGAGGAGCCGAUUGGAGACACGUAUGAACUACGAAAUCAUACUCCUUUCGGUGUUCCUCAUCACCUUGUGCACAGUGGUCGCCAUGUUGCAUGGGAUAUGGCUGCGGACCCACCUGGAUGAGCUGAAUUUCACACUGUUCUACCGGAAGAAGGACUACUCGGGGGAUGAAGAAGAAAACUACAAGUACUACGGGAUUGGGAUGGAGGUAUUCUUUGCCUUCUUGAUGUCGGUGAUAGUGUUCCAGAUCAUGAUCCCGAUCUCUCUCUACAUUUCGAUGGAAUUGGUGCGGCUCGGGCAGGCCUACUUCAUGAUCCGGGACGCCCACCUGUAUGACGAGGCAUCGAAUUUACGGUUCCAAUGCAGGGCUUUGAACAUAAAUGAGGAUCUCGGGCAGGUAAAGUACGUGUUCUCGGACAAGACGGGAACGCUGACGGAGAACAAAAUGGAGUUCCAGUGUGCGAGUGUGAGAGGAGUGGAUUACAGCGGCGAGAAAGAUGGUUCAAAUGGCGAGCGAGAUGGUUCUUCUGUCGUAGUUGAUGGGCAAGUUUGGAAGCCGAAGAUGAAGGUGAAGACUGACCCUAUGCUCCUUCGACUGUUGAGAAGUGGCACGGAAAUGGAGGAAGGCAAGCAUGCUCGUGAUUUCUUCCUUGCACUUGCUGCUUGCAAUACCAUCGUGCCCAUAAUCGUGGAGACACCAGACCCAAUGCAGAAGUUGAUAGAUUAUCAAGGUGAGUCGCCUGAUGAGCAGGCGUUGGCUUAUGCCGCCGCCGCAUAUGGGUUUGUGCUCGUCGAACGAACUUCAGGGCACAUAGUCAUUGACGUGCAGGGCGACCGGCAAAGGUUCAACGUUCUAGGCAUGCAUGAGUUUGAUAGCGAUCGCAAGAGGAUGUCAGUUAUAGUUGGCUGUCCCGACAAGACCGUGAAAGUUUUUGUCAAAGGUGCAGAUAGUUCAAUGUUCGGUGUCAUUGAUAGAUCCUUAAAUUCUGACAUAAUUCGUGGGACGGAGGGCCAUCUGCAUGCCUACUCAUCUAUGGGUCUACGGACAUUGGUUGUUGGGAUGCGGGAACUAAGCACGUCAGAGUUUGAGCAAUGGCAGUCGGCCUACGAGAAAGCAAACAGUGCAUUGAUGGGAAGGGCAGGCUUACUGCGAGCAGUUGCAGUCGGAGUUGAAAGAAAUCUCAGCAUACUGGGAGCCUCCGGCAUUGAAGAUAAGCUGCAGCAAGGGGUACCUGAAGCCAUAGAGUCUCUUAGGCAAGCGGGGAUUAAAGUGUGGGUUUUGACCGGGGAUAAGCAAGAAACUGCCAUUUCCAUUGGUUACUCUUGUAAGCUCCUAACAAAUGAUAUGACCCAGAUUGUAAUAAAUAUCAAUUCCAGAGAAUCCUGUAAAAAGAGUCUCGAAGAUGCAAAGGCCAUGUCCAAGAAGAUCACAGCAAUAUCUGCCGCUGCACAAAAUAGUGAGGGAGGCGCGGGGUCUGGUAGAGUUCCACUUGCUCUGAUCAUCGACGGAACCAGCCUGGUUUACAUUCUUGAAACCGAAUUUGAAGAAGAGCUGUUCGAAUUAGCAACAGCAUGUAGUGUGGUGCUGUGUUGCCGUGUGGCUCCAUUGCAAAAAGCUGGAAUUGUUGCACUUAUAAAGAACAGAACAGAAGACAUGACUCUUGCCAUUGGAGAUGGUGCAAAUGAUGUUUCUAUGAUCCAAAUGGCUGAUGUCGGCAUUGGCAUCAGUGGUCAAGAGGGCCGGCAAGCUGUAAUGGCCUCUGAUUUCGCCAUGGGGCAGUUCAGAUUCUUAGUGCCACUAUUAUUGGUACAUGGUCAUUGGAAUUACCACCGUAUGGGCUACAUGAUACUUUACAACUUCUACAGGAACGCCGUGUUUGUGUUCAUACUUUUCUGGUAUGUGCUUUACACAGCAUUUAGUUUGACAACAGCGAUCACAGAAUGGAGUAGUGUAUUAUACUCCGUGAUCUACACUUCCUUGCCAACAAUCAUCGUCGGGAUUCUAGACAAGGACUUGAGUAGGAGAACUCUGCUCAAGUAUCCUCAACUAUAUGGGGCUGGCCAUAGAAAGGAAUGCUACAACCCGAAGCUAUUUUGGCUGACCAUGAUAGAUACAGUGUGGCAAAGCUUGGUUAUUUUCUACAUCCCUUUCUUUGCAUAUAAGCAUAGUACCAUCUCUGGGUCGAGUAUUGGAGAUCUGUGGACUCUCGCGGUGGUGAUUCUGGUUAACAUUCAUUUGGCCAUGGAUGUAAUCCGGUGGACAUGGAUUACACAUGCGGUUAUAUGGGGCUCCAUAGUUGCAACGUUCAUUUGUGUCAUCGUAAUUGAUGUCAUACCUGAUUUACCUGGUUACUGGGCCAUCUUCGAAAUUGCUUCGACGGGAUUGUUUUGGGCUUGUUUACUUGCCAUUCUUGUAAUGGCGAUGGUCCCACGAUUUGUAAUUAAGGUUUUCAAUCAGUAUGUAAGGCCGGGUGAUAUUCAGAUUGCCAGAGAAGCCGAGAAGUUCGGCAAUUCAAGAGAAAAUUCAGGUGUAGAAAUAGAAAUGAAUCCAAUACCCACCCCUCCACGGGAGACAACACAGUGAUUUUGUUUUAUUUUUUUGGCUUUUAUUUUGUGUGUAUAAUAGCUUAUUCUUUGAGCUGCGUCGGUUAUGUUGUCGGAUGCGGGCUUUGUUUCUAUCCAAAUGGAUAGAUUUGUAACGUUUGCAGAUAUGUAUUUGGAUAAAUUGUUUAAUUAUUAUUACAUUUCAAAGGUCAAUUUGCAUCAUA